AACCUCACACACACACACACACACACACACACACACACACUCUCUGUCACAGACACGAUUAAUAUCUUCACCCUCAAUGACAUUGUCCAAUUCUUCACACCCCUAUAUAUACCUAUAAAAAUAUAAUAUGGCUGACCACCCUAACAUUCCAACUAAUAUUCACCAAUUAGGCCAAACCCAUCAUCCAGCAGCACUGCCAUCUCUUGACCCUUCUUCCCUUCCACCCCAAUUAGUCCAAGUCCAACACUCCUUCCCUUUUCACACGUGCGAUAGCCCAUCUCCCACGUGUGACUCCCCAUCCUCCAACCAGCCACUUAACUCUCCAAAACCCACCACCACCACCACCACCACCAUGGCCUCCUCAUCAACUACUGGAAAACACCCAAUGUACCGCGGAAUCCGGUGCCGGAGUGGCAAGUGGGUCUCGGAAAUCCGGGAGCCACGUAAGACCACACGUAUAUGGCUCGGCACGUUCCCUAUCCCGGAGAUGGCGGCUGCCGCCUAUGACGUGGCGGCUCUGGCCCUAAAAGGCAGUGAUGCAGUUCUUAACUUCCCUGGAUCAGUUGCAACAUACCCAGUUCCAGCCUCUACAUCGCCCCUUGAUAUUCGUAACGCAGCCACAGCCGCCGCGGCCUUAAAGAAGGCGGAACUAAGCGAAAGUCAGUUACAACUCCGGCAGUUGCAGAACGAUAGUAACACUAUGAAUGCUGGUUGGACAUCAUCAGGAACAGAGUUUCUAGAUGAGGAGGCAAUAUUUGAUAUGCCAAGUCUUCUGGUCGACAUGGCAGAAGGAAUGCUGGUUUCACCGCCGAGAAUAAACUCAUCAGAUGACUCGCCGGGAAAUGCAGAUGGAGGAGAAAGUUUGUGGGGCUAUUUUUGACAAUCAUUAAUUAGAUAUCCAAGAAAAACAAGAAAUAGAAGAUAAAGAUACAAAUAGAUCAUAUAACAUUGGUAGCAUGUUGUUAAUGUUACGUGUAUAUGCUUUUGUAUGCAUUACGUGAUUUGUGGUCAAAAUAAUAGUAGCUAUGUAAUAAGAAUAGAUUGAUGGAAGUUGGAAAAUAUGAUCACGCGUUUACAUGUAAUCAGUGAGGUGAUUUUCCAACAGGUUAAGAGGUUUUUUGAUGAAGGUAGUAGUGACUUUUGAGUUUGCUUGCU